AUCGUGUUUAUUCUUUUAUGCAGAAUGCAUCAAACUCAAAGAUGAAGAAAAAAACAACUAAGACCCAAGAAGCCAAAAAGAUAUUGAAGAAGAAAUUUAAAGUGAACACAAAAAUAGUUUUUACUGAAGAUGGAGAGUUAGUGCAGCAAUGGCCACCUGUGCAAAAAUCCAGUUUGGCAAAAGCAGAUGAAGAAGAUGAUGCCAAUGGGAUCAACUUAGAUAAAGUGAGAGAGAUACUGCGGGAAGAAGACAAAUUUGACAAAGAAGAAUACAGGAAGAAAAUUAAGGAAAAACACAGGGAGAAAAGGCUGAGAGAGAAAGCAGCGAGGAGAGAAGCCAGGAACAAGAAUGCACGGGUAAGGAUUUGUGUUUGGUUUUGAUCAAGCUAAUGCUUGUGCUUUUCAAACUGUUUUUUGAUUACUGCGUUUAUUUCUUUAAUAAACAGUGAUUUGGUCAAUGA